CGCUCGCCGUCCGUAGCCGCCGCCGCUGCGGGGUUUAGGUAGCUUCAGAGACGGCCGGCUUUUGCCGGAUGGUUGCAGCAGGGGAUCAUGACGGGAAAGAAGUCUUCCCGGGAGAAGCGGCGCAAACGAAGCGGUCAGGAAGCGGCCGUGGCGCUCACGGCGCCGGACUUGGUGCCCGCCCUAGCCAGUAGCGGCAGUGGAAGCACCAGCGGCUGCGGGAGUACCAGCGGCUGCGGGAGCGUCACCUGCUGUGGGAACACCAGCUUCAGUGGAAGUGUCACCGGCGGUGGGAGUGGAGGCAGCUGCUGGGGAGGGAGCAGCGUGGAGCGCAGCGAGCGCCGGAAGCGGAGGAGCACUGACUCAUCCUCCAGCGUCUCCGGGUCCCUGCAGCAGGAUACCAAAUACCUUUUGCCAACUUUGGAAAAAGAAUUAUUCUUGGCAGAGCACAGUGACCUUGAAGAAGGUGGACUGGACCUGACGGUGUCAUUAAAACCAGUUAGUUUCUAUAUAUCAGACAAAAAAGAAAUGCUUCAGCAGUGUUUCUGUAUCAUAGGCGAGAAAAAGUUACAGAAGAUGCUUCCUGAUGUGUUAAAGAACUGUUCAAUAGAAGAAAUUAAAAAACUGUGCCGGGAACAGUUAGAGCUCCUCUCUGAAAAAAAAAUCUUGAAGAUUCUCGAGGGUGACAAUGGUAUGGACUCUGAUAUGGAAGAGGAGGCAGAUGAUGGCACUAAGAUGGGAUCUGAUUUAGUCAGUCAACAAGACAUCUGUAUAGAUUCUACUUCAACUGUGAGAGAGAACAAGCAACCUGAAGGUUUAGAAUUAAAACAAGGCAAAGGGGAAGAUAGUGAUGUACUCAGUAUAAAUGCAGAUGCUUAUGACAGCGACAUAGAAGGCCCAUGCAACGAAGAAGCUGCUGCUCCUGAGGUCCCAGAAAAUACAGUCCAAAGUGAAGCUGGUCAGAUAGAUGACCUGGAGAAAGACAUUGAGAAAAGUGUGAAUGAGAUUCUGGGACUGGCAGAGUCUAGCCCAAAGGAACCCAAAGCAGCCACCCUGACUGUUCCUCCACCAGAAGAUGUUCAGCCUUCCGCGCAGCAGCUGGAGCUGCUAGAACUUGAGAUGAGGGCGAGAGCUAUUAAAGCCCUAAUGAAGGCUGGUGAUAUAAAAAAACCAGCCUAGUUAUUUGACUUGAAUCUGAGUUCUAGGUGUGUUUGAGCAAAGCCCCAUCAUAUAAUUUUGUAUAUGAAGUUUAUUUUGAGUCUUAUGUGAUAUUUCUCAUGUAAUCCUUAUUAGAUAAACUCAUCUUAGGCCUAAAAUACCUGUGUUUUUUUUUUUUACUGUUGUUACUUUUAUAUAUGUGUUAUUGCUUUAUGAAUUCAUGGCAGAUAUCAUUGGAUAACCUGGAUACUUUGUUAGAUGAGCAUUUAGCUAUGUCUGCAAAUUAAUAUCUGAAAAGCGAUUAGCAAAGAGUCACUGUAUUUUUUUCCUUCAUUUUUAAAUGUUUUGGCAUCAAACCUAAAAGCUUAAGAAAGAUUGACCAAGCAUGUUGCUCUUAAGGUUACCUAUAUUUUGUGGUAGAAUAUUAAAUUAUUGCUUUUAGAUUUGUUAACAAUUUAAGAAAUUUAGUCAUGCUUAUAUGCACUUUUAAAAUAAGUCUGUCUUGGGGACACCUUCUGUGGGUGUGAAUUUACUGGUAAAAACAGAAGAACAUUUUUUGUUGUAAGGCUUAGAGGUCUGAAAUGGCUGAGAAAAAUGUUUUUUAUAAAAGAAAAAAAAGGACUUAAGGCCAUUUUUAAAAAUGUAGAAGUAAUUGCCCAACUUUAAUUCCAGCAGACAAGCCAUUCUAACAGGUAUUUGAUAUUAUUGGACACUUGGUUCAAGUUUUUUUCUUCAGUAAAAAGGGAACAUAUGUGCAUUUACAUUCCAAGCUAUUAGGAAAAGAAUAUUUUAUUGUACAGGCUUUUAUCUCAUGUUUUUGCUUGAAGAUCUGAUGUGCUAUAAUUCCAUGAAUUAAAAAUAAUAAAGACUAUCAUCCUGUAUCUGAAGACUUUUGAUACAUUUCCAAAAGCAAAAUUAAUUUCAGGAAGCUUUGAUAAGUCGAUGUUAUAAUUAAUCUAAUUUUGUAUAGUUUUUGUAAAUAAAUUAACAUCCUGC